AUACCAUAACUUAAGAUCUAUACAGUUUCUGCCCCCACUAACUAAACUGUCUAAACUGCGAAAGUUUCUUUUUUUUUUUUUUUUUUUUUUUCAAUCAGCUCAUUAAUGUGCGACAUGAAAAUGAAAAGUGAAAAUUGAUUAUAAAUUACAUCUUAAUUCCACAGUUUUUAUCUAUCCUUGUUUCUGAGUUGUUUGACAAAGUGUAGAAGUCUUAGUCAGUUCUGUUAGUGUAUAUGACUCAAUUUCCAAACAUAGAAGACUUUGAUGUCUUUCCUCAAUCCGGGUUCUUACCUUCCAGUCUUCCCUUAGUUAGACUUCCUCAAGCUUAUUAUCAACCAUGGGAAGAUCUUGUCAAUAAUUUGCCAGCAUUGAUUCUUGCUAAAAGAAUUCGUCAAUUGGUCGAUACAAAAUUGCCAGUAUUAUCUACAGAUCAAUUAUCCUCCGAGGAAGAGUACAGACGUGCUUAUCAAGUCCUUGGAUUCUUAGGUCAUGGUUAUGUAUGGGGAACUGAUGAACCAACUAAUCAACUUCCGGAACAAUUGGCUAAACCUUGGUUGGAAGUAUCUCAACAUUUAAGAUUACCACCGGUUGCUACAUAUGCUGGAUUAUGUUUAUGGAAUUUCAAACAAAUCAUUCCUUCUGAUGAUAUCUGGGAUUUAAAUAAUCUUACUAGUAUAAAUACAUUUACUGGUUCCAUUGAUGAAAGUUGGUUUUAUUUGGUAAGUGUUUAUUUUGAAUACCAAGGUUCAUUUGCUAUUAAAGUAGGAAUGGAUGCCUUAAAAAGUGUUUAUGAUAAUGAUAUUCCAAAAUUAAUUGAUAGUUUACAAAAUUUAGCUGAAGCAAUUGAUCAUUUAGGUUCUGUUUUAAUGAGAAUGGAAGAAAUGUGUGAUCCUCAUAUAUUCUAUUUUAGAAUUAGACCAUUUUUAGCGGGUUGGAAAAAUAUGGCUGAUAUUGGUUUAGAUAAAAAUGGUAUGAUUUAUGGUAAUGAUCCUAUUCCAAAAUUAUAUUCUGGAGGUUCAAAUGGUCAAAGUUCUUUAAUUCAAUUCUUAGAUAUAUUAUUAUCAGUAAAACAUUAUUCGACUGGAGAAAGAGUUCCACCCCAUAAACAAGGUGAAACUAUAAUUGAUGACAAACCAGAAAAUAGCUUUAUGGAUGAUAUGAAAACUUAUAUGCCAGGUAAACAUCAUGAUUUCUUAAAUAGAUUACAAGAAUCAACCAAGAUAAGAGAAUUUGUCUUACAACACGGAAAUGAAAAUCCUGAACUUAUAUUGAGUUACGAUGGUUGUUUGGCCAUGUUGAAAUCCUUCAGAGAUAAACAUAUUCAAAUUGUCACUAGAUAUGUCGUACUUCAAGCUAAGAAUAAAGUUAAAAUGGGUUCAUCAUCUACUAUGAGAUCUGGUUUAGCCAAACUUAAAAAGAAAGGGGAAGAAGAAAAAGGUACUGGUGGUACUUCAUUAUUACCAUUCUUGAAACAAUGCAGAGAUGAGACAGGCGACCCAGCUGCUGGUAACUGGGGUAAAAGAAUCCUUAGUGAUGGUGUUAUGAGAUUAAAAUAUUCAAAACCAAAUGGAAUUAAUGAAGAUUGAAUAAAAUAAAAGGGGUCUGUAAAAAGGAAAAACGAAAGCCGUUUAAUGUGUCACGAAGAGCGUUCUAUAAAGCUUUAUAUAUCACUGCUAGAUUAUAUAUAGAUGUAUAUAAAUACUUAUAAUAAUAUAAAGUAAAUUAUAGAAAGCAU